AAAGAUGGCUUCCGUACACGUCGCACAAACAGGUCACCUGAUUAGUCACAUGAUUCGGUACAGAAGUGACGUUUUCCUAUCAGCCAACCAAAGAGCGGAAAGCUGGUCACUAUGCCAACGUGUUCCGCCCCCGGUUUGUGCCUCCUCCGGCCCCAGGUUCCUAGACAUGGGGACCAUAUAUCUUUUUCGGAAGACACAGCGUUCUCUUUUGGGCAAGUUGACGCAGGAGUUUCGACUGGUGGCAGCAGAUCGCAGAUCAUGGAAGAUUUUGCUGUUUGGUGCAAUAAAUGUGGUCUGUACAGGAUUCUUGCUGACGUGGUGCAGUUCUACAAACAGUAUGGCUCUAACUGCUUACACUUAUCUGACCAUCUUUGACCUCUUCAGUAUAAUAACGUGUUUGAUAAGUUAUUGGGUAAUGAUGAAAAAACACAGUCCCACAUAUUCCUUUGGGUUUGAACGCUUGGAAGUACUAGCAGUUUUUGCCUCCACAGUUCUGGCCCAGCUCGGUGCACUCUUUAUACUGAAAGAAAGCGCUGAAAGAUUUUUUGAGCAGCCAGAGAUACAUACUGGUCGUCUGCUUGUGGGAACAUUUGUGGCCCUGUUUUUCAAUCUACUUACUAUGCUUUCUGUUAAAAAUAAACCUUUUGCCUACGUUUCAGAAGCUGCUAGCACAAGCUGGCUUCAGGAACAUGUAGCAGAUCUAAGCCGAAGUUUGUGUGGAAUUAUCCCAGGGCUCAGCAGUAUUUUCCUACCUCGGAUGAACCCGUUUGUGUUGAUUGACAUCGCUGGAGCACUGGCACUUUGCAUUACCUACAUGUUGAUAGAAAUUAACAACUAUUUUGCAGUGGACACCGCGUCAGCAGUCGCCAUUGCUGUAAUGACAUUUGGCACCAUGUAUCCAAUGAGCGUUUAUAGUGGCAAAGUUCUGCUCCAAACAACACCACCUCAUGUCAUUGGCCAGCUUGAUAAGCUUCUUCGAGAGGUCUCCACUCUAGAUGGGGUUCUUGAAGUGCGCAAUGAGCAUUUUUGGACUCUGGGAUUUGGGACCAUGGCUGGGUCACUCCAUGUCCGCAUAAGAAGAGACGCGAAUGAACAGCUGGUACUUGCUCAUGUUACAAACCGGCUCAGUUCUUUGGUUGCGACGCUCACAGUUCAGAUCUUCAAGGAUGAAUGGUCAAGGCCGGUCUUGUCUUCUGGUCCCAUGCCACCCAAUAUGUUGAACAUUCCAGAGCAUCACAUUAUUCAGAUGCCACCUCUGAAGACUCCAAAUGAUGAAUUAAGUCCAAUGACCUCCACCCCUUCCAAACCCAGCAGCCCACCCCCAGAAUUUGCAUUUAAUACACCAGGUAAAAAUAUCAACCCUGUUAUUCUUUCAAACACUCAGACAAGGCCAUAUGGCCUAGGACUUCAUUAUGGAUCUGCACCAUAUGGUACAAUGUUUAACCAAGAACUUGGAGUGCCUGGUCUUGGCAGCACACAGGGUUUGCGGACUGGUUUUACAAACGUUGCCAAUAGAUACGGAACAUACACUCCAGGACAAUUCACUCAAUUCAAACAAUAACUUUAUUUUUGCGCAGUGGGUUUCCUUCCUAUUUUAUGUAUGUUGAACGUAUCGGAGAACUCUCAGAUGCUGUGUAAUUUUUGGGGGACUCUACUUGGACUUAUGAAAAGCUCCAGCUGUCAUGCAAUACCGCUGAUACGUUUUACCAAGGAACUUCUUUUUCUUUAAAAUUCUUGCACACAUUUGAGUGAUAAGGCAACAAAACAGUAUUUUUUAAUAAAGUAACUGACAGCUG